UGUUGUGAGAGGGUAACAGCGCAUGACUACGAAACAAAACGCUGACUUACAAUGACGUCGAACAAUGACGUGCUGUCUGGUUGUGCCAAAAUGGCGCUGGGAUGAAAUUACCACUUCCUUCGAAGAAAUGAAGAAUUAAGCUUACUGUUAUGGCAGAGGUGGAGCUUCCCAUUGUCUAUCUGUCCUUGCUAUAGCUGUUUUUGGGAGCCAUAGAGAGAACUACUUAAUCCUAGAUAAAGUUAUGAACAAGCCUGUGACUCGAGGAAGCAAACGGAAGAAGGAAGCAAAUACAGCUCCUCCUUUGGAUGAGCCAUCUGCUUCAUUGUUACUGCUUGAGCGAGGUGAAGAGUUAUUUUUGCCAAGCAGUGCACCGGAAGAAGUGACUUCUCCUCAGGAGGAACAUCUUUCACCAGAAAUUAAGAGACGCAGAAUAGAUGACGAGACUGUGGAAGAGACCGUUGCAGGGAACACUGUUGAUAGUGGGCCAGCUGCUCUAGAGACACACACUACAGAAAGUAGAACAGACAGUGAACCAACAACUGUAGAGUCACCUACAAUAUCACGCUCUCAAGAAGAUGUGAUGAUUGUUGGUGAUGUUCAAGUUGCAAGGCCAGAAGUAAUAGAUCUGGAAAAACUUCCAACCAUUAGACAAGGUGGUUCUGUUGUUGUAGACUUGACUAAUGAUUCAGGUUUCCAUGACAGCAAUGUGGUGGAUUUAACAAGUGAAAGCCCAGCAGAUUCCUCAAUCGAUUCCAGCCCUGUUAUUGUGUGUGUGAAUAGAAUAUACCGUGGAGAUCCUAUUAGCCAGUUGUCAUCUUGUCGUUUUGCACAACCUAGUGUGUUGAACAGACCAUUAUUCAAUGCUGAUGAUGAAAUACAAGAGGUAGUUGAUAGUAAUACAACAAGUGAACAGAACACUGGUGUAGUUGUAGCUUCAACAUCUAACAGUGAUGAUCCAGCUGCUACAACAACUGAAAAGAAGAUAAGCUGUCCUAUAUGUUUGGAUGACGAAAAAACUAUAAAGAGAAGAAAAAGGAAGUUAAUGUCAACAACUUGUGGACACGUGUUUUGUGACCAGUGUAUAAGAAGUGCAGUUCAGAUGCAAAACAAAUGCCCAACAUGUAGAAAGAAACUUUCUUUGAGACAACUACACCCAAUUUUCCUUUAAUGACAAUUAAUUAUUAUUGACCCAACACUGCAGUGGCCUCCUAGCCAGACUUUCUUGCACUUGUCACUUGCUUCUUCCUCAAUAAGCAUGUGUGUAAGUGGCUACAAUUUCAAGGAUAUAUUUUGAUAAAUUAUCCUCUUGAACAGAAAGCUCACAAAAUUUUGUAAUUGUUUUGUCAUCAGUUGCUCUUGUCAUCUGCCAAUGAUGCCAAUAUGAGACCAUUAAUUAAAAGGCUAGCUAUUGCUGGCUGGAGAAAAUGCAUAAAAGUGCUUAACGUUUUCAUAAGCUGAUGUAAAAUUAAAGGUAGUUAUCAAUGGACAGCCACGAAAGGCUACCUCACUUAAGGGGUAGCUUAUGUGAGUGAUAGUUGAGUUAUACGUAACUGAUAAUUUAACAAAACUUGAAUAAAACACGCUGUAAUUACUGACCAGUAAGGCAUGUACAAGGAGUUGAGAGAAAACCAAAGGAGCAAACUUUGCCUGAGUUUCUCAUUAUAAAAUUCUGAGGUCGGAGGAACGCAAUUCUUUGGUAGAGAAGGCUGUUUAUUGUUGAAAUUUGCACACUCAGGUGUUUUCCAACAACGUAUGUUAAAUCAAA